AUGUGUUAUUCUUUAUUCUCCUGCCUAGCUUUCUGCAGAGGGCGCAUUGUGAGAGUGCCCAAAGGUCCCCUCAUUCGGGUGGUGGGCACGGAGGUGGCGAUCCCUUGCAGCGUUAGUGACUAUGACGGACCCAGUGAACAGAACUUUGACUGGGAGUUCUCCCGGGACACUGACUUCGUGCGGAUAGUGAGUACCUGGGAUUCUACCUUCACCUCUGAGGAGUACCAAAAACGCGUGGGCCGCGGGGAUAUCAAACUGAGACGGAGCAGCAACGAUGCUGUGGAACUUGUGAUUAGGAACAUCCAGCCAGCUGACCAAGGGAGAUACAAAUGUUCCACGCCCAGCACUGAUGCCACCGUUCAGGGAAAUUAUGAUGCAGAGGUCCAAGUGAAAGUGAUUUCCGACGGGCUGUCCGUGAGUGGUUCCAAAGCUCGUUCCUCAACGUCUCUCCGGCUGUCUGAGGGCGACUCCUUCAAGCUGCGCUGCUCAGCCGUCACCACCUCACCGGAGCACACUCACCUGCACGUGACCUGGCAGCUCAAGAGCGGAUCCUCCUGGCGGGACAUCCUAUCUUUGACUCACGAGGGCAAGUUCCAGCCGGGCCCCGGCUACGAGGAGCGCUACCGCAGCGGGGACAUCCGCCUGGACACGGGAGCCAACGACACGUACCGGUUAUCCGUGUCCCAGGCUUCCUCGGCGGAUGGCGGGGCCUACAGGUGCCUGGUGAGCGAGUGGGUGAGAGGGGCAGAUGGCUCGUGGCAGAAGAUCCAGGAGAAGAGCGUGGAGAUCGCCGCUGUGUCGGUGCAGAGGACCGCUCUAGAUGUGGUCAUCUCAACCAGCAAUGUGUCUGUGACCGAAAGAGACUCCCUGGAUCUUACAUGCAACAUCACAACAGACAGAAGUGGUAUUUUCCAGGCAGAGGUGAUGUGGUAUUUUUCUGCAUCACCUGAUGACACUUUGUCAGAUGCUCAGCUCCUGCUGAGCAUGGACCACGAUUCUGUUGUCAGUGAUUCAACUCUCAUCAGCCUCAGCCGUGUGGACAGGAACUCCUAUCGCCUCUUGGUGCGUGAUGUGGAUGUGGAGGACUCUGGCUACUACUUCUGUGAAGCUGCUAUCUGGGUGCCCCUGCACAAUGGGAGCUGGCAUAAAGUGGUGGAGAGGACCUCUGCACCAGUCAGUGUGGUGGUGACAGCACUAGAACCAGACUAUGAUGUGUUCCUGAAUGCCUCUAAAACACCCAAGUUUUCAGAUGACCCCACAGAGCUCGACUGCAGGAUCACAAACGUACAGGACACCGAAGCGAACAUCCGCUUCACCGUUUCCUGGUACUACAGGCAGCACCUGCCCGGUGACGAUGUGGUGGCAGAGGAGCUCCUGGCUUCCAUGGAUGCAGACUGGACCCUGCUGCUUGGGGACAGGGGCAGAGAGCGGAUUCAGAAUGGGGAAAUAAUCUUCUCUAAAAAGUCUGCUGACACCUUCAGUCUGAGGAUCCAGUGGACUUCAGAGAGUGACAGAGGGGAUUAUUUCUGUGUCAUCUCAGCGUGGAGUAGGCACCGCAACAACAGCUGGGUGAAGAGCAAAGAAGUGACUUCUGCAUCUGUCAACAUUUUCUGGGCUACACAAGAUUACACGCUUACAGUGGAGGCGGUGAAACUGAAGCCAUUCUUUGUAGCAGGCCACACCUUUGAGAUGACAUGCAAAGUGUCUUCCAAAAACAUCAAGACCCCGCGCUAUUCCGUCCUCAUCACAGCCGAGAAGCCCCUCACGGAUCAGUCGAGCCCCAACGGAACCACGCGCAUUAUCUCCUUGAACCAGGACUCGGUAGUGCGGCUGGAAGACUGGACGGACCAGACCCGUGUGGAUGGGGUGGUGCUGGAGAAGGUCCAGGAGAACGAGUUCCGCUACAGGAUGUACCAGACCCAGAUCUCUGACGCUGGGCUGUACCGCUGCGUGGUGACCGCCUGGUCUCCAGGCGGUGGCGGCAUGUGGCGUGAAGCAGUGAAUGGCUUAUCCAACCCUAUCCAGAUAGACUUCCAGACAUCAGGUCCUGUGUUCAAUGUCUCGGUGCAUUCUGACAGCCCAACGAUUUACCAGGGCGAGGUGGCAGAUUUGCUGUGUAUCAUCACAACGGAAGGAAUGCCACUUGAGCCAGAUGAUAUGUCCUUCGAUGUCUCCUGGUUUGCUGUGCGCUCCUUUGCGCUGGACAGAGAGCCCGUCUUGCUGGCCUCGCUGGACCGGAGAGGGAUUGUGACACAGAGCAGGAGGAAUGGGAGCAGUGAUCUCAGCCUGGAGAGGAUCAGCCCUCUGGAAUUCCGGCUGCGCGUGCACGGCUGCGAGGACCAUGACUUUGGGAACCACUACUGCGUAGUGACCCCGUGGGUGCGCUCUGCCACGGGCGUGUGGCAGCGGGAGCCUGACAUCAAAGCCAAACCCAUCUUUCUGUCUGUGAAAAUGGAUGUCCUGGAUGCUUUCAAGUACCCCCUGUUAAUUGGCAUCGGUCUGGCCACUGUCAUUGGACUCCUAUCCUGCCUUAUUGGCUACUGUAGCUCCCGUUGGUGCUGCAAGAAGGAAGUGCAGGAAACGAGACGAGAGCGUCGCCGGCUAAUGUCGAUGGAGAUGGACUGAGUGCGGGAGCUGGACACACUUGCAUUUCGGGAGAGACUCACAGGGCUCUUGGAUUGUGUUGAGACACUUGCUCACAGGCCC